AUGGAAGAUCCCAAUGAAGCCUACAAUGAUUUUAUUGAAGAAUAUUCCAGAAUCUAUAACACUUGUUUCCCUUUAAAGGUUCUCAAAGGUAAACAAGUAAACAAGUUCUUUUCUCCAUGGCUUAGCCCUGGACUUCUGAAAUCCGUUAACAAGAAAAACAGACUCCACAAAAAGUUCGUCUCAUCACCUUCCACAUCUUCUGAGACGAAGUAUCAAGCCUACAAAAACAAAUUCACCCAUCUUAUUCGCAUUGCCAAACGAAAAUAUUACGACUCCAAAUUUGAGAAUGCCAGAAAUGACCUCAAAACAACUUGGAAAUUGUUAAAAGCGGUUUUUAACAAGCGUAAAAGUAUGUCAUCUCCUCCCGCAUCAUUCAAAAGGCAGAACAUUAACGGAUCCAAUGGAGAUCGCUGA